CUUAUUUGUAAGCGGCAGGUGAAGAAAGAUAAUCCAGAAUUGUGAAAUGGCGAAGAAGGGGAAGAAGCAGCUGAUGACGUCAGCGCCAUGGAGGGGCGACGACAACAACACUGAAUCAGAAUUCCAAGAUGCUAAGCUCAAAGUCACUACCCAGCCCGGUAAUGGCACUUCCACCAUGCACGUUCCUCGCUCCAAGUCCAACCACCACCAUCACCACGACGGCGACGAUUCCAUCGAGAUUGACCCUGAGCUUCGCUACAGUUUCCAGCGCAAUUUUCAGUUUCUGCAACGGGUUUUUAGCAUUGACACGCUGGUGAAACCUCUUCCUCCUGCCAUGGCAUAUGAUGUCUCUCGCAACUUGACCUUCUUCACCCGCAUCUUCACACAAUUCUUUGAUCCUGAAGGUAUUGCAAAUGCCCAGAAAUCAUUGGGCAUAGGACGGGAAGAGAAAGCUCGCAAUGUUCGCUGAAGAAACCCUUAUGAAUGUUAUGUUUGUUAAUGUACCAUUUUCAAAUCAAAGUUGUUCAUUUAUAAUGGUCCAGAAUAUCAUGUACAUUUUUAUGACUAAGUAUUUGCUGGUUCGAUCAAGUAAAAUCCAUAUAGUUAUUUAA